GAAGGCCCAGAGGACUUUAGUGAGUGCUAGUGCUAGAAAAACUGAGUUUAACCCAACACGCAAUGAGGCAAAGUGAUUGCCAUCUGAGCUACUGUGCAAUCGGGAAAUCGAAGGACUAGUUCUCGACCUAAUCCCCAUCCGAUCCGGGUAUAAAUUUCCGCAGGCCACUGAAUUCGGACAACCAGUCUGGCGCCGCAUCCAAUGCCUGAUUCGAGUAGAAAGCCCUCGCAGUAGAACAGUAACCAUUGGUGAGCGGCAGGCGAGGAGGAGCGGGAGGUGGACCCGGACCCACAUGGCGCCGUUCAAGCUUAAGUUCCGGAUGGGCGGUUCGCGGAGCACCUCGCAGGAGCACGACCCGGACCCGCAGGUCAACGAGGCGCUCCUGGGCGCCCAGAGCCAGCAGCAGAGCCAGCACCUGCAGCCGCAUCCGCACCCACACCAGCAUCCGCAUCCGCUGCAGGAGGCGGUGGAGGCCAGCAGCAGCUCCAGUCUGGACCUCGCGGACUCCGGCAGCCUGGCAGGCCAGCUGAGCAGCGAGCGGAAGCUGCUCCUGCCGCCCGCGAGCAACACCAACACCAGCAUGCGAUUGGGAUACCUUAACCAGAGCCGCACUCCGUGCAUUAACGAAUCGCUGACGGAUGCGGAUGCGGAUACCGUGCCCACCACCCCGCCGCCUUCCUACGAGCAUGUGCUAGAAGAAAACACACGGCUCUCCCAGCACCAGCGACAACUGUCCCUGGACAGUGCCACUCCGAACCAGAACAGCCGGCGCAGCUCGGCGAACAGCUCGCGGCACAGCGCCGCCCAGCUGAGUGCCGCCUUGGAGCAGCUGGCCGGAAAUGGAGGCGCCAUCUGCAACGAUCCCGACUGCCGGCAGAACCUGAACAACAACGGAGCCACCGCUGGCCACGGCAACCAAGCCAACCAAGGCAACCACAGCCGGGGCAACAACCAGAACAACAACAACGACGACGGGGAGCAGGUCUUCGAGGGAGUGACCGAACUGGAGCUGCGGGCGGACAGCGAGGAGCAGCUGAGCAUCAACGAGUUCCUGCUGGAAACGGAGAUGGCAGCUUCGCCCUCGCGCCGCCAGGAGGAGCGUUACGCGGGCGAAGGGGAGGGAGGCGUGUGCGUGGAGGACCAGGACCAGUGCCAGGACGACCAGUGUGCCCAGUGCAGCGAGGAGCGCGGCGAGGCGAUCUUCGACGGGGAUGCGGCCAGCACGAGCAGCCAGGCGGCCUGCGGCGCAGGUGGCGGCCACCACUUCUACGAUCCCCUUCUGAACCGGGGAAGCUACGGGAACUACAGCGAUGGCGGCAAUGCGAGUGUGGGACCUGGUUCCGGCAGCGGCCAACUGUGCCAGGAGGCCUGCUGCUCCGGCUCCGCCUCCGGAUCGACUGCAUCCCGGAGUGGACGGGGAGGAAGGAGGCAGCAGCAGCAGCAGCAGCAACAGCAGCAGCAGCAAGGCUGUAACGCCAGCCUGCUCACGCCGGAGAUGAUGAGCAACAAGACGAGCAAGGAGAUCUACAAGGACCUGGCCAAGCAGUGGGGCAUCACCUGCAAGAUGUCCGAGAGCUGUCGCUGCAUGGAGUGCCAGAGCCACUACUUCGACUGCGACUACGAUGACAACGAGCACCAGAAGACGGACGGCGGACUGGGCGCCGGCACGCCCAUGUUCAUCAGCGAGGUGAUGCACGGAUCCGGGUGCAACAUUUUGUAGGGACAUCCGAGCAAGCCGAUGUGCCCGAGAUUUGCUGAACAACAACAAUUAUUUAUCCGUAUUGUAAAUGUUUUGGGAGAGGCGUCUUCUCACCUAUCUAGCACUGAAUGUUCGCACAUUAUUUUAGGGUAAUGCUGCACUGAUAUACGUUAUUAUAGGGAUUUGGGAAGGAGUAUUUAUGGAUGGCCAAGUGGCCAUCGGGAUCGGGUAAGAGUAUAUUUUUGGUGUUAGCAGUAGGACUUAGGGAAUCGGCAUGGACAAUUAGGACGCGACAGAAUCGAGCAAUGAAAUUAAUUGAUAGGUAAUAAUGCCCACCUGCAGAUGAACAUCUAAAUAUCCUUGAGUGUGUUCUUUUUCUAGAGGCUUUAAUCGCUUGAGUAUUUGGAAACUCGCUGUAUCUGUCCCAUUCGAGAGGCUCCCAACUACCAAAUGUAUUGGCCAGCCUUUAGAGCUUGUCAUCCAGAAAUUUACAUACUUACGUAUUCCCCUGCUGCUUUGACCCCCUAAAAUUUAUAUCCACGUAUUUUUCUAUUUGUACAGAAGAUGUGCAGGAGAUUGAGGGCGAAGUGAGCGGCUUCCCAGUGCCGAACGAAGCCAGAAGCUUUCGCAACAGAACUCUAGGCGUUUCCAAAACAAAUUGUUGAUGUUCCAGGCGAAAGUACUGGGGUAUUUCGGGAAUGCCGCAAAGUCGACACCACUCAAUGUUAUCCACAUCAGCAUCAGCAAAACCGUAGAGUAAGGAAGUCGGCACUUUUGUGCCCGUUUUUAGACCGAAAUCAUUUCAGCCUAGGCACUUUCCAAAUGCGAAAGUGAGUUAACUGCAUCGAAUUGAUACCUUAAUCAUGUACUCGAACAAACGAAUAUGCGAAACUUAGUCUGAGGGUUAAUGUGGUCCUGAUUUAUAAUGUUUAAAUGUUUAACAUUGGCUUUACGUGCAUGCUGGAGUGGUUUUCCCAAGAUGAAGCUGGUUUCACCCGACAAAUCCACUUGAUUUUACCAGAAGAGCACGAGCGAUCGAAAAGCAAGAACCGACUAAGUCUGUUAGCUGUUAGAUGGAAUUAGAAAAUUGCAUGUGAAGUGCGUAGUAAAAUGCAAAUCGAACAACCAUUCAAGGAAACUUAGUACAUUUUCCCAAUAGCUGUGUAAGGAGCAGAGAGCCCAGAACUCGCAUCAGCGUAGAAAUAAUUUCGAGAAGGACCGUAGGAUUGUAAGGAUUGUAUUUCGGAUUCACAGUUGGUCUCCUGUGCUUCUGAACCCCUAGGCAGGAGCAUACAAAAAUAUAUAAAUGUACGAACAUAUUAAACACCUCA